GCUACCACUUUAACGUUGGCUUGGAUCCGUGCAGACCACGCCCGGUGCAAAAGACGAGACCUGCCGCUGAUGCUAAGCGUUCGGCAUAUGCACGCUUCAAAAAUCUAUUCUCGUGCAUCCCUCUCACUACAACAGCUGACCGUCUGGAGCCGGAGCCGCUUGGAAUACUCUUAACAUUUAAAUUAUAACGGACUGCAUGGACAUACUAUUAUGAAAAUGUUGGCCUAUUCAAGUAUAUUUAUUUGUUCGUGUGCUAUUUGAAGCAAGCAAACUCUCCGAGAUGUACAUAACCAUUUUGUUUUAAAUCGAAAUUGGCCUUAAGCAAAAAGCAGAAAAUUCUAAUUCCUGCCAACUCUCAGUUUGUCCAUUGCAAAAGAAAAGAGAUUGUCGACAUCAAUAGGGUUUAUGUUAGAUUAAAUAGUCUAAGGCAAAAAGUAACUUGGUUUCAAAAAUAUAUAUUUUGCUUUUCGGAGGCACAUCAGAUUCCUUUCUCACAAUGGCCGAUGCUAGCGCAGAAUGUAACAUCAAAGUGCUAUGUCGCUUCCGUCCUCUGAAUCAGUCCGAAAUUAUCCGUGGAGACAAAUUCAUCCCCUUGUUCCAAGGAGAUGACACCGUCGGCAUCGCGGGGAAGUCCUAUGUGUUUGACCGGGUGUUCCCCACCGACACAACACAGGAACAGGUGUACAACACCUGCGCCAAACAGAUAGUCAAAGAUGUACUCGGGGGAUACAAUGGCACCAUCUUCGCCUAUGGACAGACCUCCUCUGGGAAAACGCACACCAUGGAGGGCAAGCUGCAUGACCCUCAUGGGAUGGGGAUCAUCCCCAGAAUUGCAGAGGACAUCUUCAAUCACAUAUUCGCAAUGGAUGAAAACCUUGAGUUCCACAUCAAGGUGUCCUAUUUUGAAAUAUACAUGGACAAAAUCAGAGAUCUUCUGGAUGUCACUAAAACCAAUCUCGCAGUGCAUGAGGACAAGAACAGGGUUCCAUAUGUGAAGGGCUGCACUGAGCGCUUUGUCUCCAGCCCAGAGGAGGUGAUGGAUGUUAUUGAUGAAGGAAAAGCCAACCGUCAUGUUGCUGUCACCAAUAUGAAUGAGCACAGCUCCAGGAGUCACAGUAUCUUCCUGAUCAACAUCAAGCAGGAGCACGUGGAGACAGAGCAAAAACUGUGUGGGAAGCUCUACCUGGUGGACCUGGCUGGGAGUGAGAAGGUCAGUAAGACAGGAGCAGAGGGAGCUGUGCUGGAUGAAGCUAAGAACAUCAACAAGUCUCUGUCUUCUCUAGGAAACGUCAUCUCUGCUCUGGCCGAGGGAACCAAGACCCAUGUGCCCUACCGUGACAGUAAGAUGACCCGUAUCCUGCAGGACUCUCUAGGGGGGAACUGCAGGACCACAAUGUUCAUCUGUUGCUCUCCGUCCAGCUACAACGACCAGGAGACCAAGUCCACACUCAUGUUCGGACAACGAGCUAAGACGAUCAGGAACACAGCGUCAGUGAAUCUGGAGCUGACGGCAGAACAGUGGAAGAAGAAGUAUGAGAAGGAGAAGGAGAAGAACAGGAUGAUGAAGGAGACGGUACAGAGGCUGGAGUCUGAGCUCAACAGAUGGAAGAUUGAUGAGGAGGACCCAGAGCUGGAUCCGUUGUGUCCUGGUGCUGUGCCUCUUGAGUGUCUGAUACCCAGAGAAGACAGUCUGGGUCGGCUCCCCAGAGAAGAGAGCUCCUCCUCCGGUCUGAGUCGGCUGCCUAGAGAAGACAGUUCCUCCUCUAUAGUGAUCAGGAUCUCAGAGGAGGAAAGACAGAAGUAUGAGGAGGAGAUACGCAAGCUCUACAAGCAGCUGGAUGACAAGGAUGAUGAGAUCAACCAGCAGAGUCAGCUGGCGGAGAAGCUGAAGGAGCAGAUGCUGGACCAGGAAGAGCUCCUGGUCUCCUCCCGUGGGGACAGUGAGAAGGUGUCAUCAGAGCUGGGCAGACUACAGAUGGAGAGUGACGUUGCCAAGGCGGAGGUGAAGGAGGUUCUACAGGCCUUAGAGGAGCUGGCUGUUAACUACGACCAGAAGAGCCAGGAGGUGGAGGAUAAGAGUCUACAGAACAAACUACUGGCUGAGGAACUGGCCAAGAAAAUGGCCCACUUGAUGCGAAUUGAGGCGGAGCUGUCUCGUCUACAGGAAGUGAGCGGUCAUCAGAGGAAACGCAUCGCUGAGGUUCUCAAUGGCCUAAUGAGGGACCUCUCUGAGUUCAGUGCCAUCGUAGGCAACAAAGACAUCAAACUGCCGAUGGAAAUAACGGGUGCGAUCGAGGAGGAGUUUACGGUGGCCCGUCUCUACAUCAGUAAGAUCAAGUCGGAGGUCAAGUCCAUGGUGAAACGCUGUCGUCAGCUGGAGAACCUUCAGAUGGAGUGUCAUAGGAAGAUGGAGGAGACGGGAAGAGAGUUGUCCUCCUGCCAACUCCUCAUCUCACAGCAUGAGGCGAAGAUCCACUCCCUGACAGAGUACAUGCAGAACAUAGAGCUGAAGAACAGACAGCUGGAGGAGAACUACGACUCUCUGAGUGAAGAGCUGGCCAAACUCCAUGCACAAGAGAGCAUGUCAGAGGUGACAAAGGGAGAGAACCAGACGGACAUCGAGGAGUCUGCUGAUGUUAAGAGGGCUCUGGUGCAGCAGAUGGAGUCUCACCGUGAGACGCACCACAAGCAGCUGGGACGUCUCCGAGACAACAUCAACGAGAAACAGAAGAUCAUUGACGACCUCACUGAUCGCAACCAUCGUCUUCAUCUGGAGUUGGAGCGGCUGAGGAGCGACUUUGACCGUCUUAGGAGUCAGGAGCACCACAAGACGCUGCAACUGGAGGAGCUGACAUUUCUUCAUGAGCGCCACGAGCAGUCUAAGCAGGACCUUAAAGGACUGGAGGAGACUGUGGCUCGUGAACUCCAGACCCUGCACAACCUGCGGAAGCUUUUUGUUCAAGACCUCACAACUCGAGUCAAAAGGCAUUCAGAGAUGGAGCCAGAUGAUAGCGGGGGAUGUAGCCACCAGAAGCAGAAGAUUUCCUUUCUUGAGAACAACCUGGACCAGCUUACAAAAGUUCACAAACAGUUGGUACGUGAUAAUGCAGACCUGCGUUGUGAGCUUCCUAAGCUGGAGAAGCGGCUUCGGUCUACUGCUGAGAGAGUGCGGGCGUUGGAGGGUGCACUGAAAGAGGCUAAGGAGGGGGCCAUGAAGGACCGAAGACGCUAUCAACAGGAAGUGGAGAGUAUCAAAGACGUUAUGAGGGCCAAGAACCCCCUCCGUAGGCCACAUGCUGCCCAGAUAGCCAAGCCCGUCCGUCCGGGCCAGUUCCCACUCUGCUCCCCCACCAACCCGUGGGUUCGCAUUACUGAACAGCAACACUCCAUCCAUUUUAGUAACGCCAUGUUCCAGAUCCCCAGCCAGACAGCUAGCCAUCACACCAGCCACCCUGCUGCUCCCCCAGCUACAGCAUCUAACUCCAACCCCACCCAGACCAACAAACACCACUCCAAUAAGACCAGCCUCCAUCAGACCAAUACGCUGCCAGCUGAGCCACCCAACACCACCACAGUGGACAACGGCACAGUAAAGGACACCACAGUGCAGAAGACUACAGUGGAUAACCCAGCAGUGGACAAUGCCGCCACAGUAGAUCAUUCUCCAGUGAAGCACCCUACAGAGAAGAACACUACAGAAAAGGGCUCUUCAUUGAAGGACCCAACAGUCAACUCUACAGAACUGGUAGAUGUGGACAGUGUCAACGGGAACACUAGAGAUAUCAAUGACAACAGGAAUGAUGUGCAGCACUGCGACAACCACAACCAGGAGAAGCCAACCAAACUGCACCACGUCAUCCAGCCAGAACAGACUGCCAGCUAGUGACACAGUUCGAUAGGUGUCCGGUUCUGCCAAGACUUACCUCGUAAAUACAGCAUGCUGCGGAUCAACGGCCCCCUGAUCACCCCUCUUCAUCCCCCUAUCCUCCGCCCCUCUUUCCCAGUAACACCAACUCUCUUCCUCCCUCUGUAGCCCUCCACCCUCUCCCUUUCUCCACCUUCUCCCCUCUUCCUCUCCUGCUUGCUAUCCACCUGUCUAUUCUCUUGAACCAUUUGUCCAAUACUUUGUAGGUGAUAUGAAUAUAACGUACUGUACUAUGUGGGUAUGGGGGUAUGUAUAGUAGACCUACUGUAUUGAUUAUGUAUACAAAGGAACCAUGGCAGCAUAGAAAACUCUGUAACUGAACUACUAGGCUUAGGUCCCAAAUGGCACCCUAUUCCCAUAGGGCUCUGGUCAAAGGUAGUGGACUAUAAAGGGAGUAGGGUGCCAUUCGACACACAACCUAGAAUUGGCAGCUUCCUCUUCCUCUAAGCCCUUACUAUUCCUCUGACCCGGUUGGAAUGAAUUGAAGCUGUACUAGCCAAUGAGGAUUGGAGCGUGAUAGGGUGCAGUGUUCUGUGUGGCACUAGGGCGUGCUCAUCCUGCUCUUCUCCGUCUAGGAGGUACAGUACAUUGUGAGGGUAAACGACGAGACAUGAUCCUUUUUGGCUCUUUUGGCCUUUUCUGUACCUAUAUCAAAAAUAGAGUAUAUAAGCUUAAUACCUCUAUUCAACACAAAGAGAAUCGGUUGGAAAAUAGACAACAACCGAAACUAACAACCGCCUUGCAAGUGGAGAUUGAUCGAAGUAAUACACGCAGAGCACGGCAAAGUCUUAAUUUAACAUAUUCAUACAUUACCACUUUUCACUCUAUUCAUGUGUAUAGAAGUAUAUACAACAUGGAUGUAUAUAUGCAUCCCAUUAAGGUUGAUUUUGUAUCGGACAAGUAUUUUACACCGCUGACUAAUGUCAUAGUAAUAAUGAUACUGUAGGCCUAGUUGCUAACCGAGCAGGUUAACAUAGCAGACAGCUGUUUCUUUAACUUCCACAAUACCAUAAAGACAACAGAUGACUUCCUUCUCUUCCUUAUGGCCGCUUUAGUAGUCAGGCCCAGAGCCAUACAUUUACUUGUUUUGUAAAUAUGGCACUGGUCAGGCCUAGCGUGGUUGGAGACUUCUGAACAGUACUGUAGGUAGAGGGAAGAUCAAGAUUACUGUGCUAGUGGCAGUGUUUUUUUAAAUGCCAUGAGAAACUCAGAUAGAGCUUACAGCAGCUUCAUACUCAGAGUAAAUAGCUGAUGAGUGUGGAUGAGUUAGAUCACAGGUCAUACACAGACUUCCUCCAGCAGGUUCAUUGUUGUACUUGUAUGUGUGUAUAUUAUCCUGUCUAUAGAAUAACAGCAACUACAGUCAGACGCAAGCAUGUCUAUCUAUGCCGGACGCUCCAACCAAGCCCCUCCGAGGCUUGCUUUCAGACUAAUGCAUGCGUUAAUGUAUGCUUACUAAUGCAGUGACUCUAAGGUUUUCAUCAAAUAGGUUAUCUGCUAUGAUGCAAACUACUAGUGUAGGAAAAGUCUGGUUAAAAAAAUUACAGGAUUUUUGUUGAUUUUUUUUUUGUGCUUCUCAAUGCAGCAAUACAAGACUGAAAGAAGGAAGCUAUAUACUAUACAGUAUAGAUAUUCCAUGAAGAAAGAAAGACAGAGAUACUUUGGAGCUGUUACAUACUACUUUAUCUACAUGGAUUGGAGGUUCUGUAGGUUCCAUGGGGUUCCAUAGGGUUCUCUGGUGUUCUAUAUGUUCCGUAGAGUUCUAAGGUUCUAUAGGUUCCAUAGGGUUCUCUAGGAUUCUCUAGGUUCUAUAGGGUUUUCUAGAUUUCUGAUGUACCUUCAUCUCAACAUGUUUGUUCUGUUGUGAUGUGUCCAGUGGUCUUCAAUUACAUUCACCAACACAGAAUGGAAAAUAUAAUUGGGUAAAAAAGAACAGAUUUAGUAAUUGUGUAGCAACUAUUUUUAUACUGUUCAUUAUUUAAUUUUGUAUUGUUAUUAUUGAAUGUGAUGUUAUUUACUGUAUAUGUUUACUCUGAUUUGCACAUGGUUGUUGUUAUGUUAAUAUGUACUAAUUAUUCGUUCAUUGUUCAUUGAAUGCUAACUGAUCAUUCAGAAUACAUUUUGGUUGUAGACAGGGCUGGUACACAAAGCAGCAUUCAAAUUACUGGUUGUUUCUUUUUUGGAAAGAUACACUGAGCCUUCAGAACAGUCACAAUUCAUCGGGGCAUGAACUCUACAAGGUGUUGAAAGCAUUCCACAGGGAUGAUGGCCCUUGAUGACGCCAAUGCUUCCCACAGUUGUGCCAAAUUGGCUGGAUGUCCUAAGGGCGGCGGACCAUUCUUGAUUCACACGGGAAACUGUUGAAUGUGAAAAACCCAGCAGCGUUGCAGUUCUUGACACAAGCUGGUGAGCCUCGCACCUACUACCAUACCCCUUUCAAAGGCACUUCAAUCUUUUGUCUUGCCCAUUCACACUCUGAAUGGCAGACAUACACAAACCAUGUCGCAAUUGUGUCAAGACCAAAAAAUCCUUCUUUAGCCUGUCUCCUCUUCAUCUACACUGAUUGAAAUGGAUUUAACAAGUGACAUCAAUAAGGGAUCAUAGCUUUCACCUGGAUUCGCCUGGUCAGUCUGUCAUGGAAAGAGAAGGUGUUCUUAAUGUUUUGUAUACUCAGUGUAUAUAAAGUGAUCGGUGCGUUUCAACAACAGCAUAAAUACACCUAUUUCAGUUUUGCGUGUAAAAACAUAAUCACCACUGCUGCCACUGUUUUGAUUGCCAACUAUAUAGAUUAGAACGAGCAGCCAGCUCACGAGCAGCCAGCUCACACGUGCAUUGGUGACACAAGCACAGAUACAACAAGUGAAAAUGAAUGAUCUAACUGGGGAUAGCUAGCAUGUCACAAGCAUGACGAGCCCACGGGUUAACUUCAGUAGACAUGAAACUAGCAAGCUACCAGUACAUAGCUUGCCCACUAGCUAGCAUAUGAUGAAUAGCAGGGGGAAACAAAAAGCAAUGUUGCGAAUUAGGCACAGAGCCAUGUUUUAUUGAUCCUAACAGAUACGCGUGAAGGUUAUAUCUAGUGUAUCCCUCUGUCCUUCGACUGUUGAUGGAUGAACGUCUGGCUUAUCGAGGGGGCAGGUAGCCUGGUGGUUAGAGUGGUGGGCCAGUAACCGAAAGGUUGAUGGAUCGAUUCCCUGAGCUGACAAGGUAAAAAUCUGUCAUUCUGCCCCUGAACAAGGCAGUUAACCCACUGUUCCCUGGUUAGCUGUCAUUGUAAAUAAGAAUUUGUUCUUAACUGACUUGCCUAGUUAAAUAAAGCUUAAAUGUAAAAUCUGCUCCCAGGCUCCCAAUGACUGUCAUGAUUAUUUAAGUUCAUUGAAAUGUGCUCUUUAGUGCCAUCUGUUGAGUACCUGAAAGAGCAGAUGCCGAAGGCCUGGGCACCCAUUUCAGUGCCCCAAGAUGGUCCGUUUACUUUUUGUUGUGGAAUUCAUGUGAUGAAAUCCUGCAAUCUCAUCGAUGCAGUCUCCCCCGUUAGCAAAACUGGCAAUGCAAUCCAAGCGCCGGGCGGCUGAGCACAGCUGCUACUCGCUGAGAGUUACCUAGUAGAUAACGGAACAGCUUGUUUUUUUUAAACAGUAAAAUGGACACAAAUCGAACACACUUUAUGGACAUUUAAAACAAUCCAUGAAUUAUAUAUAUUUUUUUAAACAUCUUUUUUAACAAUAACUCCAUAAUGGACCCGGCCACCACUGGGCCCAUGUGCAGUCAAAGAAGACUAUGGAGGAGUACAUCCAUGUUUACUAGAUAGCUACAGUAGUUGCCUUGAUAACAAAACAAACAGACCUGCUAGUUUAGCUGACACUACAGUCCUCCCGUAGUAGCUUGCUAUUAUGAAAAUCGAAUUCAACAAUGCCAAUAAUGUUUUCAAUUUGGCUUUUGCUUUCAAAAGCAGCUCAAACAUAGAACAUGUAAGAAAGAACUUCAUAAUCAUUCAAUUAAAUUGCGCAUUAUUGUAACCGUGACGCUGGGAGUAAGGAAGUAGGUGCAGUUGGUGAGUUUAACAAUAGAGGCCGUAGAGUGAUACAAAGGGUGCAUUCGUAACUUUGCUCUGGCUAUCUACACCGAUUUCAGAGCACUCUCAUCUGACUGUGCCAGAGGGCAGAAUCACUGAUGAAUUUACGAAUGAGCAACACUACUCCUCGUCCGGAGCGUCCAGUGUGCGCUCUGGACGGCCCGAGCGUGAAUAGCGGAACCAAACACCGGAACCAAACACCGCUCCUCUGGACCGUACACCUCCCAGUCCACCAGGUACUGGAGCCGACCCCCACGACAUCGGGAGUCCAGAAGGGAUUUGACGGAAUAGGUGGGGAGAAGGCCUAAGCCAGGGGACGAGGAACCACUGGCCUGAAGAGGGAAACAUGAAAAGAGGGUGAGAUCCAAUAGAUAGUGGGGAGCUGUAAUCUAUACGUCACCUCGUUGACCCUCCCGAGGACCUUGAACGGGCCCCACAAACCGAGGGCUCAGCUUCUUACAGGACAAGCGGAGUGGGAGGUUCCUGAUGGAGUGGCAGACAUGAUCCCCAGGAUGGAACACAGGAGCCUCACUGCGUUGGUAAUCCGCCUGCUCCUUCUGGUGGCAGACGACGUGCUGGAGCCUAACGUAGGCAUUGUUCCAAAUCUCUUCUGCGUGCCUAAACCACUCGUUCACCGCAGGAGCUUCGUUCUGGCUCGGUGUCCACGAAGCCAGGAUUGGCUGAAAACACAGAACACACUGGAAGGGAGUCAGCCCAGUGGAGUAGUGAUGCAAUGAAUUGUAAGCGUACUCCGCCCAGGGAAGAAAUCGGGCCGACUCCCCCUGCUGGUCCUGGGAGUGACUCCCCAGGAACCUCCCCAGCUCCUGCUUCAGCCUCUCCGCCUGCCCAUUAGACUGAGGCCGGUACCCGGAUAUGAGGCCGACCCUGACACCCAGCUUCUCCAUGAAGGCUUUCCAAACCCGUGACGUGAAUUGGGGGCAGAUCUGAGACCUGCUGGAACAGUACCUCAGAAACCUUAAUAAUUACUGACUUUAUUGUCUCAAUGGGGACAUUUUGUUGCAGUGUCAUGUACACAUUUAAAGUGGCGUGUAAAUACAAAACAAAAUUGGCAAUACAACUUUCAUAACAGUUACAUACCAAUAUAUUUAAAAAAAAAAGACUAGCCUGCUGGCCUUACUGAGUUGAUAGGAACAGUAGCCCGUGCUAUUUAGGAGGGAUAUCACACCUGGCACAAAUGAUUGUCUAGUAAGAGAGAGCGGUAGGGAGACCAGAGAGAGGGUUAAAACGGAAGGAUUUAGACGUUCUGUCCACAACCACCAAAAUGGUGGUGAAACCAUCAUAGGAGGGGAGAUGAGUGACAAAAUCGAUGGACAGAUGAGACCAGGGACAUUGAGGCACGGGAAGGAGUUUCCCUGCUGGAGCGUGCCGGGGUGAUUUAGUUUGCGCACAUACGGAAGAAUUUAGCAGUUGUAGCGAGUGAUGUCCUGUGCAAAGAUAGACCACCAGUACUUUGAAUAGUUUUGUUCAUACCUGGAUGUCCAGCAAUGACAGCUGUGUUCGCCCAGGUCAGCAGCCGAUCCCCUAUCCCUGUGGGAACGUAGAUGCGCUCAGGAGGACAGGUAGCUGGUGCGGGUUCCAAUCCCCAGGGCCUGGCGAAUGUCCACAUUUACGUCAUUGAUCCUGGGCGAUAUGUCAGAGUAAAAUCGAUCGAGUGGGAAAAAAAGGGCCCACCUUGCUUAGCGCAGGUGAAACCGCCUCGCUGUCCGCAUGUACUCCAGGUUCCGAUGGUCGGUGAGGAUGAGAAAUGGGUCCUUGGCGCCCUCCAGACAGUGUCUCAACUCCUCUAAUGCGAACUUCACUGCCAGGAGCUCCCGAUCGCCGACGUCAUAGUUCCUCUUUGCAGGAGACAGUUUCUUUGAGUGAUAUGCACACGGAGGCAAUUUAUGUGGAUUUCCUUGUUGGGACAGGACAGCCCCCAAAUCUGAAGUGUCCACCUCCACCACGAAGCGCAGCGUAGGAUCUGGGUGUUUGAGCAACGUGGUGGAGGUGGUGAAACGUCCCUUCAGUAGGUGGAAGGCUUUGUCGGCUGCAGGACUCCACCCCAACUUACGGGGACCACCCUUGAGGAGAGAGUUGAGAGGAGAGGCGAUAGAGAUAAAGUUCUUAAUGAAACGGUGGUAGAAGAAGUUGGCAAACCCCAAAAAACAUUGUAACCCCUUUAUGGUGGUUGGGACUGGCCGUGACCUGACAGUAUUUACCUUCUUACCGUCCACUUUCACUCCUUGCAGGCCAAUCUGGUAACCCAGAAAGGAGACGGCCUCCUGAUGGAAUUGGCAGUUCUCCGCAUUGACAUAUAGGUGUUUAGCCAGGAGGUGUUCCAGGACUACUGGGAUGUGAGCGAUGUGAUCAUUCAAGGUAGCUGAGUAAACCAGGAGAUUGUCGAUACACACAACCACCUGGCGUCCGAGCAUGUCCCUGAACACCUCUUUUACAAAUGCCUGGAAGACUGACGGAGCAUUGGCUAAUCCAUAAGACACCGUGCUGAAAGUUGUUUUCCAUUCAUCCCGCUCCUAGAUGACGCUAACUUUGUAGGCACUCCACAGGUUCAAUUUGGUAAGGAACCGGGCCUCGCGGAGCUGUUCAAUCGCUGCCGUCACCAACAGGCGAAGGUAACGGUAGUUCGCGGUGAUGGAAUUCAGACCUCUGCAACCAAUGCACGGGCGUAACCCUCCAUCAUUCUUUGCCAUGAAGAAGAAGCCUGUCGACACAGGGGAGUUGGACAUGUGGAUGAAACCCUGUUGGAGCACCUCAUGGAUGUACUCCUCCAUAGCAUGGGUUUCAGCCACUGACAGAGAGUAGAUGCGGAGGCGCAGAGCCUGCAAGCAGGUUGAUGGCACAGUCCCGGGGGCGAUGAGGAGGGAGACAGAUGGCGCAGGUCUUGGAAAAAACCUCCCGCACGUCUUGGUAUACCUCUGGGAUGUUUGGCUACAACAACACUCUCAACCGACGUGGAACCACAGGGGAAGGGAAAGCGGGUCCUCCGGCAUUCGGGUGCCCAGUACGUGACAGACAUCCCCGACCAUGAGAUGGUGGGGUUAUGGCGUUGGAGCCAUGGGAGGCCGAGGAUGAUCUUGUGUACGGGUGCAUUGAUGAUGAGAAAGGGAAUGCUUUCUUGAUGUAUGGACGGUGAGUGGUGUUGUGAUGUGUGUGAUAGUCCCAGAAUCCAGUGGUCGAUGAUCCAGCGCUUGAACCAGAAACGGAGAGGUUGAGCGGGUAUGAGGUGAUGUUCAGUGAGGAGGCAAGGUUCUGGUCAACAAAAUUCCCUGUGGCACCGGAAUCCACUAGAGCUACAUGAAGGACAGCCAGCUAGUGAAAUCGAUACUAAAAAAGGGUUUUGCAGAAAGUGAUGAUGAUGGAAUAGUCACGCCUAACGCAGGAGGCAGAUGAUCACGGGCCGUCCUUCUGCUCUUGUGGACCAAGGGUUGCUAGGGAGUGCUAGAUGAAGGGGAAGUGAUGAAGUCCAUGUGUGCCUAAUGAUAGGGCGCAGGUGUGCAUAAUGAGGGUUGCCAGGUGUGCGUAAUGAUGGGUUGCCAGGACCGGUUGUCAGUAAACGAGUAGACGUGACAAUUAUAGGGAAUUAACGCAUGCUCUAGAAUGCCCUUCAAGCCAAUCAGAAACGAGUAUUCAACAAUGCCAUGGUAUAAGUAAGGUAUAAUCAACGAGGGCUAGAGUAGUGGAACUGACCUUCCACGGAGUUGCAUUAUUUUCCAGAGAACACAUAGAGCCCUGAGUUGAUUAUCCCUUUUACACCAUGGUUAUAAUUUAGCACAUUUGCCACUAGAAAUGUGUUAAUUUGUCAGUAGAAAUGUGUUCAACAUCCACUGAAGUAGCUAGCAAGUUUACUAGAUAGCUACAGUACUUGCCAUGGUAACGAAACAAACAGACUUGGUAGUUUAGCUAACCAAACCAUCAGUCCUAGCUUGCCAUUAUGAAAAUCUAAUUCACCAAAGCCAAUCAUGUUUUAAAUUCGACUUUUGCUUUCAAAAGCAGCUCAAACAUAGGACAUGUAAGAAUUAACUAUGGUCAUUGAAUUCUACCGUGCAUAUAUACCGUGCGUUAUAAGUACAUAAUGCACGUUCUAGAAUGCCCUUCAAGCCAAUCAGAAACAAGUAUUCAACAAUGACAUGGUAUUAAAAAAAGGUAACUCAAGUUAACUGAUUUAACUCUGGCAGCCCCAAUUCAAAAUGAUCUCUUUGUAGAAAAGUAACUGUUUACAUUAAUUCCAAAAGCGAACACAUUAACACAGUUUCAAAUACAUUCAAAUCCUUUUUAGGCCUGUGUAUUAAUAACAUAAGCUAAAAAAUAGCUAUCUAGGAUGAAAUGGAAGGCUACCUAUCACCUAUCACUAAGCUAGCUAGCGGUUAGAAAUUAGCAUGUGACCGUUGGUUACUUUUUAUCAAAUGUGUAUCUUUCUAAAAACACAUAUCAUUAGAGUAGUUGAUAUGUACACAUGUAAAUACACUCAAUAUGAUUCCCUCUUUUGAAAAAACAUUUAAGAGCCAAAACAUUUAUAACGGAAAUAAAAAAUUCUGCCGAUAUGGCAUCUUGUUCUCAUUGACUUUCAUAAAAAAGUGAGCUACCUAUCUAGCUCAUGUCAAUGGGAAAAUCUCACUUGUUUUUCACUCGGUCGAAGCAGUUCAAUUGUACAUCAAAAUGACAGGAAAACAUGUUUAACUAAACUGUGUUGAGUUCUCUAGAUUUCGAGAAAGUAACUAUGUGUACAAACCAGAAAACAGGAUAAAAAGGAGACACGGAGAGCUAGCUUCUUUUUUUCCCCCCUCAGCUUCUUCCAAUGGUCACAGACCAACGUACGAAAGAGAGAUGCAGUAACACUCUGAAUGCCUCUGCCUAGUGGUAGCGCUAAGUAUACAUGUACAUCGAAUGCCACACCAUGGAGGACUACAAUAAUAAUGGUGUAGCUCAGAAAUAAUAAGUAAUCAUUUGUGGAAAACAUUGCUACUGCAAUAUAACACCACAUUUUUCAUAUGUGAGUAGAAUAAGUGGUUAGGAGCGUUGGGCCAGUAAUCGAAAGGUCGCUAGUUCGAAUCCCGAGCCGACUAAGUGAAAAAUCUGUCGAUGUGCCCUUGAGCAAGACACUUAAUCCUAACUGCUCCUGUAAGUCGGUCUGGAUAAAAGCAUCUGCUAAAUGACAAAAAAAAAAAAAAAAACACUUUCACUUGCAAUUCCACUUGUGGAAGUGAGAUUUACAUAUGGGGUUUUCUUACAUGUGAAACUGCAAAAGAGAUUCGCACGUUAAUGUUUUUCAAAUGUAAACUUACAAUUCACACGAGGUGAAAACAUGUUAUUUUACUCACGUGAAAUGGCGGCGUUGACAUGUGAACUCUACAUCUAAGUCGUGUGAAAACAUGGUUUCACACAUGUGGAAUUGAAGGUCAACAUGUGAAAACAGCCAUUUCACAUGUAAAACUGCAAAUGUCACAUGUUUUUUUGUGUGUGUGUAAUGGAAUAGCCCCUUUAAAAUCAAUAACGCAUUGUGUGCUUUAGGUAAACAACUUGUUUGAAUGAUAUUUGAAAACAGCCUUUCCUUAUUAAAUAAACACUAGUACGUAGAGUUUGAACUCUAGGUGUAAAAGGUUGAUGUAUUGUAAGUGUAAGAAGUGUACAGUAUCCUAAGGGAACCCCUAGUAUAACUCAAUACAGACCACCUAGGAACAGAUAGUGGGUUGGAUCUCUGCACUAUAGGUUUUGAUGUGGAAUUUGUAAGGUUUGGGGAUGGUGAUUAUGAUGAUGAAACUGAGUGUCUGAUUGUCUCUUGUCUGAUUUGUAAAUCAAUAUGAAAAAUGUUCUGGUCAUAUCUCUGAUACUGUAGCACCUGCAGAGCAUUGUGGGUACUGUAAUGCAUCAUGCUACAGGCAUCACAAGCAUAAACUAAUGGCUAAUACAGUAUACUAAAAAAUAAUACUAAAAAACAAUGUACCAACGUACAGUCAAGUGGAACCCCCCUUGUUUGUAUGUUUAUUUGUUUGUUUGAUCAUAGUGUUUGGGAUUGUGCAUGCACUACAUGCCUCUGUAGCUGCUGAAAAAAAAUGUUAUUACAUUAACGAUGAAACUCUUUCAAUAAAGAUGAUUCGUAUCACGA